AUGCUACCAGAAAAGAAUGUUGAAAAAUGUUUAUUUAACGAUUUUAUUAUUCCUAAUCAAAGUAACGUGCAACUGAAUAAUGAGGAUACUACACAGAUUAUAUUUUCAAAGAGUGGUUCAAAUGAUAAGAAUUUUCCUAAAAAAGAAAUUCUAAAUUUUAAUAAAGAAUAUGCAUAUAAUGAGAAUGAGAAAAGUAAAUUACAGGAGAAGUUAUUUUUUGGAGAAGAAAAUCCACUGUCUUUCAAACUACAUUUUAAAGAUAGGUAUCUGCCAUUGGCAAACAUAAGCAAGAUAAUGAAAGAUGGUGUUCCUGAUGGAUCAGCUAAAAUCUCCAAAGGUGCUAAAGAAGUUGUUCAAGGAUAUGCAUCUGAGUUCAUAAAUAUAAUUUCCUGCAGAUCAAAAGAAAUAAUGAAAACAAAUCACAAGAAAACUGUCAUAGCUGAUGAUUUAAUUGAGGCAAUGCAAGAUUUAGACUUAACUGACUAUUCUGAAAUAACUGGAAUUUAUUUAGAAAGAUAUAAUAAGUUGUUGAAAUUACCAACUCAAAAUUCAUUUAACUCAGCCAGGUAUUUUGGAAAAAAUCCAAAUUCUAAUCACAGCCCAUUUUUUGAAUAA